AUGAAUAACAAAAAAUCACACAUACGAUUAAAAGUUGAACCAUUUGAUGAUGAAACCUAUAAUCAAUUUAACAAUGAUGUAUUUAAAUUUUGGAGAUACAUUGAAGAAGAUUACAGAGAAUUAGCUAGUGUAGCUUUAAAACUUUUCAGCAUUUGUGUUAACGCAGCCUCAGUUGAGAGAAUGUGGAAAAAGGAUUUGUUACAAUAUGAGAAUCAAUUUAUUAAUUCAAGUAAACCAAUUGAGUCAAGGUCUUCUGCAUUUCAAAAUGUUGAUUGUGAGUCUGAUGAUAUUACAAUUAUUGAGGAAUUAAAUGUACAGGAUUCUGCAAUUUCAUCAGAUAUAGAUGAAGAAAAAGAAGCAUUAAGAGAUAAUCUAGGCAGUUUGGAAAGUGAUCUUUUAAGUGAUUAUAAACAUCCAGCAGUGGAUCCAAGGGCAAAAUGGGAGCUCAAAAAUUUGUUUAAUUCUUUGCUUGAUGUUCCUGAUUAUUUAAUAAAUAUAUAA